AUGCCCUGGGCCCCAGCUCUAACGGAGCAACAAAGGCGGGACACACCACAAGACAGCGUCGAGAGGGUCACAAGUGCGAUACGGAUGAUCAGACCAUGUAGCGGCACUGUAGACGACCACGGUCGAACCGCGCCGAACAUGUUUCACCUCCUCGACUGCGGCCAUGUUGUCGUUAUCGAUGGGUCGGAUACGAGAUGCGGUAGCAACUGCCGAUACCCCAUAAAUGGGGCCAACCCACAGUUCUCAGAGACCCUCGGAAUUCCAGUAGACCACUACCUCUUCCAGAAAUACCGUCGACGUUCUCUCGCACUCACACGCGGAGAAAUCGUAGCGGCUCUCCAGAUUCCGAACGACCUGGUCGACAACAUAUUGGCGGCACCGUUCCCCAAUCCAGACCUCCAAGAGCACAAUUUACAUUGUGGCCACAAGGUCUACUGUGUUGCUCAGCAACCUUGUGGUCAGAACUGUGAGUCUGACAAGCCCUGCCCCACGCAUCCCUUGGCACUUCUUCUCAACAAGGACUCCGGCGUUAUCUUUUGUCAGGAGUGCGUCUUGAGAGCGGAACGGCUUUAUACGAGGUAUGAGGCGAAGGAGAAGGAGUUGGAGCGACUCAUCGACCUCACCGCGGGUUCGCAUCAUCAGCAAACCUUCAUCAACAGCUCGAUGGGUAAACAGAAGACAGUCACGACGGGAAAGUCGCCGGGACGUCCUCGCGGUGGCGCCAAAGGUGGUAGCCGUGGUGGCGGCCGACCGAAAGGCAGAGCCUCAAAGUCGGCGACUCCAGCGCCAUCAGCGCCAGAAGCUGUACCUGAUAGACCGGGACCCAAGCUACUGUUCAAGCCAUCGGUGGGAAGAUCGGACAGCCCAGCGCAGGAGCGCGACGCGACACCGGGAUAUAGCGAGAGAGACGAUCAAGACGACGACCUUCCUCAGCAAUCCGAAGAAGCGGCGCCGGUCACGACUCGCACUGGACGAGCGAUUCAAAAGCCAAACCAAUACGACGCCGCUCAGGGUAGCGAGAUCGAUGCCUUCAUUGACCAGGCUGAGGAAGAUGCUAGAAACGAUGGCAGAGGAACCAUCGCGAGUGAUCCAUCGUACACUACACACAAGGCCCAAGAGCAGAUGAAGCAGCCGCCAAAGACACCAAAGCCAAGAGGACGUCCGCCCAAGGACCGCACGCCGUUUGGCGCCGCCGCUAGGAAAUCAGUCGAACAGUACGGGAUGUUCGCGUCCCCUGCCGUGCCUCCCCCGUUCGUAGCAGACAAAGAAAUAUACCUCAUCCUGAGCAACCUCAAGAGCAACGCCAAAAUCAACCUCGACCUUCCCGGCCUCACCGACGCCGCCAACCCAUACCAGGCCCUACCCUACAGCGCCAAGACCCUCACCCAGCUAUACAUUGUCUGCUACCAAGAGAAGUUCUGGGAUCUCUGCGACAUGGUAGCCGACACAUGGAUCCGCAAGUUCCACGACCAGCGCAAAAAGGCUCAAGAAGAUAAGGAAAAAGACGAGAAAAAGGAUGAGGAGAAAACAGAGGAAAUCUGGCUCCCGAAUCGAGCGCUCAAUCGGCGCAAGCGAGUCGCACAACAUGCGUGGCGGAAGGGCAAGAACAUCCCGGCGGAGUUCGAUCAGUUUCCCAGAGACUACGACUUGGAGGUCACGGAUCCUGAGCUUGACAAGGAUGUUACUUCGGUUCACACUGACCUCCUCAACUUACUUUACACAUAUACAUCACCGAGAUGUGGAGCGAGACUCCUCUGGGCCGACGCACUCGCCCUGGGCGGCGACAAGACCGAGCACAUCGUCGGGAAAGUCACGCGCAAGGGCUUCGCUCUACACCCCGAGCUCCUCUUCGACAUCAUGCAAACAAGUCUGCGCAUGGUCCGGCGUAACCUCACACUGAAGAUCGAAGAGAGCACCGAAGGCGCAUGGUGCAAGCGAUACCACGAACACGGCAAAAACGGCAACGCUUGCUACCGACAGCGCGCGUCGAGGGUUGACGAGGGCCUAGAGAUGGCAAUAGAGCUGUCUAGGAACAGGGAAGAGGUUGAAGGGGAGGGCGUAGCUGAUGAUGUGGAUUUGAUAGAGGAGUUGGAGUUGGCACUGUGGGCGCAGGAGCAGGAAGACACUCCCAGGGCUGAGAAGAGAGGGCGCGAGGAUGGUGGUGAGGUUUGUCCGAGUAAGCGGGCUAGGUUUGUGGGGGAGGAAGAGCAUGCUGAGGGGGACUCUGAGGAGGAUUGA